AUGCACUUCCAAACCAUCGUCCUCUCGGCCCUCACCGGCUUCGCCGCCGUCUCCACUGCCCUCCCCUACGUCAAGACAGAGGCGACCUCGGGCUCCCCGCCGACGCCCGUCAUCAAGGAGCGCCAGGCCAACAAUGGCGGAAACCCUGUCGACAGCGUUACCAACCUGCUAGACGGCCUCACCAGCGGCCAGGUCAAGCAGCUCCUCGGCGGCCUCCUCGGUGGAGGCGCGGGUGCCGGGGCCGGGGCCAGUGGCGCUGGCAACGGUGCUGGCGGCGCGGGCGGUGCUGGCGACCUCCUGGGUGGUCUCCUCGGCGGUCUCACGGGCGGUCUGACUGGAGGCGGCGCCGGCGCUGGUACUGGUGCCGGUGCCGGCAACGGAAGCGGUACUGGCACCGCCCAGCCUCCCACUGCAUCCUCCGGUGCGGGUGCGGGUGCGGGCACGGGUGCUGGGGCUGGGGCUGGGGCUGGAGCCGGCGGUCUAGGCAGCGUGCUUGGCGGGCUGACCGGCGCGUUGGGCGGCCGCUGA